AACGUCACUGUCAACAUUUUACAAGAAUCACAGGACACUAGGACAGAGUACAGAACCAAAAUUCUAACCUCAUACUAUUCUGACCCGAGUAAUGAAUUAAUUUCUGUAGAAGGAAAACAUUAUAUUUAUCAGAACUCAAGUAUUUAUAUAAAUAUUAGAAAAUAAUUUUGAAGUUGUGUUCCUUGGUUGUCGCUUUUUAAGAGACAAAAUCAUAUUAAUGAGCACUCGAUUUUUGUACCUGGAGAUCACUUGCAGUGACAACCAGAGUCGUCUAUCAGUGAAGCAGAGCAUCGAGGAAGCGGUGAAGUGCUUAUUCGGCGAGUGCGGUGCUGCUUCCUUGUGUGUGGACGUGUUGAGCGCGAGGAGCGGGCGAGCCCUGCUGCGAGUCCGCGCGUGUGACUUGCGCCGCCUGCGCGCCGCGCUGCUGCUUCGCGGCCCUAGCGCCCCUGCGACCGCGCCCGCGCCAGCGCCCGCGCUGCGCGUGUGCCGCCAGGCCUGCUCGCUGCAGGCACUGCUAUAGUACUCACGCUCGCCCUACUACAUACGCAGGAUGGCAACACGAUCUGUUCUUUCAUCUGGUCUGGAUGGCAAGGAUGUAGUCAUAGUGGCAACUCGGGAAGAGUUAGCUAUGCCUAGCAAGGUGACACUACCAGAACCAGAGCCAGCUCCCGGCCUGAUCCUUGCAGAUGGCUCCAUCAACUGGGGCUGUCCAUGCCUCGGUGGUAUGGCCACUGGACCCUGUGGCUCUCAAUUCAGAGAAGCUUUCUCUUGUUUCCACUAUAGUGAUGCCGACCCCAAGGGUAGCGACUGCUACGAGAAGUUCAGUGUAAUGCAGGAAUGUAUGUCGCACUACCCCGAGCUGUACGGCAAGGACGACGACGACGAGCUCGCCGCCGCCAUGGACUCGGCCGGCGGCGGCGGCGCGGCCGACGACGGGCUCGGCCACGCGCGCGCCGACCACGCCGACCACGCCGCCCGCGCCGCGCACGCCGCGCCCUCCGGGGACAACUAAUACGGCACCAACACCUACUGAAACUGCCAAUUCUGAUAAAUAAAAAUGGACAGAUUUAGUGUAUUCUUUACAAGAGCAUUUAGUUUUGGUGAGCAGAGCAUGCAGCCGGCGUUUGUUGGGCUCGAAAUAGUCUAAUUGAUAUUGAGAGCAUUUAGUUUGUGAUUUACUAUGUUUUGUUUAUGAUUGUAGAAGGUUGAUUAAAUGAUAAAUGCAG